AUGGGUCUCAUCGGCGAGAACUGCGAUCGAUGCGCGCGCGCAGCGACCAAGCAGGACGAGACCCACGACGCCGGGCUCGAAGGCCGAUGGUGGCUCUUCUGGCAGCAAGCCAACGACGCUUCGGGCAUCAUUGGCGCCUGCAUUGUCGGUGGCUUUGCUGCCAUCCUGCUCGCAUGGUAUUCCGGCAAAGCGAUGCUCAAAUGGUAUCGCAGGCGUGCUCGUUGA